UACUGAUUAGACUAUAGAAAGAAAAUCACUUCUCUUGUUGAAUAUUCCAUCCUAAGGCAAAUUUUAAAUUUCUCUUUUUUUGCAGCACCUGAGAUGUUUACUGCUACAAAAACUUCAGGUUAUUCCUAUGCUGUUGAUUGGUGGUCAUUAGGAAUUACAGCCUAUGAACUCCUCAGAGGCCGGAGACCAUACCACAUUCGCUCUAGUAAUUCUGCCAAUGAAAUUUUGCAUGUGUACAAGACGGCCACCAUCAUGUAUCCUGCUGCUUGGUCACAGGAUAUGAUCGCAUUGAUUAAAAAGUUAGUGGAAAUAAAUUCAGAGGAAAGAUUUUAUCAACUGAGUCAUCUCCAGGAGUAUCCAUACAUGGCUGAUAUCAACUGGGAUGCUGUUUUACAGAAGACAGUAUUGCCUGGAUUUCUUCCUAAUAAAGGGAAGUUAAACUGUGAUCCAACCUUUGAACUUGAAGAAAUGAUCCUGGAGUCAAAGCCACUUCAUAAAAAGAAGAAGCGCUUGGCUAAGAAGGAGAAGGAAAGCAACAAAAAUGAAUCCUCAGAGGCCUGCCAGCUGCAGAAAAACCUGGAGUCAAUACAAAGGGACUUCAUGAUUUUCAACAGAGAAAAGGCACGACAAGAACAUAACAAAAUGCAGGAGAACUUGACGGUGACACAAACCAAAGACAACGAAGAAGAUGAUGACCAAAAUAAUAAUCUUUGAGAUCAAUGUAGUUUUUGCUCAGGUGCUGCUACUACCAAAAAGGGCAGGCUUUUUACUUUAGCUCAUGGAGCUUAGCAAAUAAAAUUGCACACUGCUUUCAAGACAAGGCAGAUACCUUGCUAAGGAACCUUGAGGCUAGAUGCUGAGUCUCUCUUCCCACCAUAAGGACUUGUGGCCUACAAUCCUGCAGAACUACUUAAGGCACAGAUUAUCGUCUUUAUGCCUGUUUAUUUUUCUAAGCUACUUGAGCAUUAACAGAAAAGAGUAUGCUCUUUAAGUACUGUGUAAAAGGCACUCCAAAUAGGGAAAGGUUAAGUCACUUUAUAGGUAUAAUUUCUGUUGAUAAAAUGUUAAAGUUGCUGAUAAUUGGGUUAAAUCCACUGCCUAUGGGAAAACGGUCUUCGCAGGGCUGCUAAAGGGGGUAGCUUCACAUUUUCUUAGAAGUUUUUUAAAAAAAUAGAGCCGAAUUAUAACUCUGCCUUAGAUUGCAAUAGACUUCAAAAUGAAAAUCAUUUUUAAAAUACUUGUACUGAUUAUAUACAAAAUAUCAGACACAGAAUAAGAGGAAAUAUUUUUGCUGUGGGGGUUUUCCACUUAUUGGUACCUUUAAAUAAAGUAGUUCCUAAGAAUAUAUCCAGUAUAUCUUCAAAUUGGGAGGUCUGUGUGUACACUAUAUGAAUCAGGAAAUGGAACAAUGGACAUACAAAUCAAGAUAAUUUCACUAGGGCCAUUUUAUAAGUAGAAUUGACUAGUAAGUGCAAGGGGUCAUUCCAUUUCUUGCAAGGGAUGGAAGGAAAUCAUUAAAAAUGUUUUAAGUCUGAAACUAUCAUAAAGAAAUACUAGCUGUGAUGAUCAUUUGGUAAAAGACUAUUGAUGGCUCUUGGGAAUCAAUAGAUGCUUGGUACAGUUAAUGACAAACUAUUAACUUUGUACCCUGAAGUACAGUUUGUUAUUACAUGUAGUUGGGAAGUGACAGCAAAAAUCCAGGUUGUUGGAAAUUGGCGAGAAAAAAGUAUAUCAAUGUUACAGGUACACCAGGUUAAGCGUAAUUCUUUAUGGGAAGCAAUUUUAUUGCUUGACCCAAUUUUGCUCUGCUUUGCUUUAUGGCUCUAGUCCUCCUUUUCCUGUUUUUUCUUCCCGAGAUACAACAUUGUUAGACAAAAGCCUGGCUAAUACAAUGGAAGUAGGACAUUAUCUUGACAAUUAUUGUAUAUUGUCAAGCUGAAAUCUUUUUUUAAGCCUGUUUGUAGUUUGAGUCGAAAUAUCACCGUGAGGUCACUUGCUAUCUAGUGACUUCUCGAUUCUGUUCUGUUCUGUUCUCUGUAUGUACAAAAUGUGAAAGCAUUCUCAUCCAAUACAAUCUCUUUGAUUUCCAAAGAAAAGUGAAUGUAUUAUGUCCACGCAGUGUGCAUUAUCAUUAAGAGAACAUGGAUGGCUUCUCUACUUGGAUAGUCAGUAGGCAAUCAGAUCAGGGGAUGCUUUCUGCAUUCUUUUAAUCCUAAAAUUUCUUUGAAAUUUUCCUGUUCCACAAGAUCUAAAGAAGUUUAUCUGAACGCAAAGGGUAGCAAAAGGUGAUGGAAGACCUCUUUUCUCUGGAUUGCUUAAAACAGGUAAAUCUGCUACCCUGCAAAUGGAGGUACAGUAGCUCACUUGGGCUUAUAAUUUAAUAAGCUCAAUAACUAGAUUCUUAUUGCAUUUGUAGCUUUUCUCACCCCACAUGGACAGCUAGCUAAGCGAUGAUUCUCAGGUUCCAUCUUGCCACUAUCAUUCUGUUUGGCCUGCUGAACCAGACUGAAUGAUCAGGACAUAGCUACUUACUUUGGAUACUCGUUCCUUCCUGAAACAGAUGGAUAGUUAUGGCACCAGAAUAUCUAGCCUGGGACUGACUCCUUCCAACCGAACUGGAAUGAAAUCUUAAUGAAAAUCAUUGGAGUCCCCAGCAUUAAGCGGCACAAAACACACAAAACUUUAGUGCACACUCUAAAAUGGAUGCAGCAACAUUUUUGUUGGGUGAGGCGAACAGAAAAUCUUGAUCCGUCCUAUGUAUAUGUUGUGGUUCUAUCUACUUUACACAAUUGUUCUGCCCAUUGUGGUUCUGUGUCCUCCUCAGAUGUAAAAAGUAAUCUUCACUCAACCAAAGUUUAUCUACAUUUCAUCUGGUCCCCUCAUCCAGCUCUUGUCCCAAGUUUUCAGCUAUUUAUUGCCUGGAUUUAAAACUUCAGCACUCUUAGAAUGAUGCGGUUGGAAGAGAUAACAAGGAUCAUCGAAUCCUACUCCUAGGUAAUAUAUAAAAUUCAUAGGAUAGGUAGACAAGUCAGCUAUCUGGAUUCUCAUGCAGCUUCUAAAGAUAAAAUCCACAUUUUUUCUCUUAAUUCUCACCCAAAUUAAGGCUGCUCAGUUCCAGCAAGAAUAUUUUACCAAGGAGAAAAAUUAAGAAAGUUGUUAAGUGCUGCAGAGCUACAAAUCCAAUGUGGCCAUUUUUGGGGUACGAGGAUUUGUAGUUCAGCAAUUUUCUCAUGGUUCAUUAGAGCAAUCAGUCCAAAAGCCUCUAUAUCAGCAAAGUGUCUGAAAAAGACAAAGCAUUAAAUGCAAUUGAUCACAUUUCUGGUUUUUUUUGUGAACCAUACAAGCCAGCAGACCAAUAAAGGAGAGGGUCAACCCUACUCCUGCUGCCAUUGUUCAUUUAACUCCACUAGUAGCAGCAAGACAAUUAAGGCAAAAAACAACCCAUCGUUGCAUCUAAAUGACAAAUAUAUCAUAUAUCUUUCUGUGGAUUACAGCCCAAUCCUCAGAUAUUCUCCGUCAUUCUCAUUAGGUAAUAUAUUAGGGCAAAUCUUGCCUCAAAAACUUUCCUUGUCACUGAAAAUUAUUAGGAUUUCCCCCCCAAUACAUGAACGGUCACAAUUCCAGCUGCGAUAUAGAAAAAUCUAGACCUAAAUUGAUAUCUCAGAAUGGUUUGAUACUAGUUAUAGGACAGCUGUUUCUAAAUUUUCUUUAAAUGCCUGAGGCUUCGUAUCUGAUCCUCCACAGCCAGCCCAGUUACUUAGUCUGCUGUACAACACUGUAUUAACCCAGAAAGUUUAGCGAUUCUAUGCCAGUAGACUUUUUAGAUUGAAAAGGAUGUUAAUGGUUAUUUGGGCCCUUUAAGAGCAUAUAUAAGGAUUACACUAUUACUACUUGCCAUUCUGAUCUC